AUGAAGGUAUGGGAAGACGAUGAGGUAACUAAAGAGAAAGCAGCUGAAGUUAGUGUUGAGGAAAAGAUUGCUGACAAGAAGAAGAGUGACAAGAAAAAGGAUACUAAAAAGAUGACAUCUGGUAAGAAGCAAGGUCCGCAUCAACAACAAUCGCCACAAACUUCACAUGCUAGGAAGGAUCUGACCGAAGAGCCAUCAAAGAAAGCUUAUCUAGUUCAUCAAGAAGAUGAAAGAAUCCCAGAAGGUUUUAAUUGGGAUCAUUAUGAUCCUAACAGAACUUCAGAUUCUAAAGCAUUUGUUGCUCAAAUUUUUGAAGAUUCAACUGCUGAAGAUGAAAUAGUGUAUGCUUAUUACGAAUCUCAGCAAUUUAGUCCUAAAAAGAAAGAAGAAGAACCAGUUUCAACAGAAGAGGCUUCACAAAAAGCACCAAUCUUUGAUCACUCAUUAGAUGAAGAGAGUGAUGAUGACAAUAAAGAAAUUCGAAAACUUGAAUAUUAUAAAAGAGAAUUUUCACCUGAUAGAUAUAAUUUGUAUUUUGCAGGUAAAAUGGAAGAGAUCAAAGAAAGACAAGCUGCGAAAAAGAAGAAUCAUAACGCAGCAACUGUUGUAGAAAAGGUCAAACCUGAGGAAAAUGUUCGAGUAAUAAAGAAACAGGUUAAAGAAAUUCCAGCUAUCAAGGUUGAGAAGGAAGCCGAUACUGAAAAGAUACCUGAGAAGUGUGACAAUUUUGAUACUGAAACCCAGAGGAUAGAAACUGAGAGGGUAAACAGGUUAUCGAAAAGUUACUCAUGGGCUUCUUACGUGAUUGACAGGAUUUACCCUACAGUAGAAGGCAUGGAAGCGUUUGAAGAGAAGAAGUCUGAAGUAAAAAAUACUGGUAAGAAACAUAGUACCAAUUAUACAAGGUGUCCUCCUCCGCUUGAAGAAGUAUAA